AUGGCAUUUGAUUCAAAAGCAGCUGGUAGUAUAGUGACAAAAGAAAUCGAAUCUCGUCUUAAACAAAUACCUGAACAUUUCUUUGAAGUCUUUCUUGAGAUUCGUGAACCAGUUGAAGAUGAAAUACCAGAAAUUUUAAUUAAAUAUCCAAAUGAUUUUUCUGAUGAUAGUCUUAAAAAUGUAACGAAUUUUGCUUAUCCAUGUAAAAUACCAUCAGAUGAACAAAGUGAACAUUUUGCAUUUGUUAUACUUGAUACAACUGGUACUCUAUUUCGUUUUGGUUAUUGUCGACGAUCGAAUCGUGAAUCUACUUGUUUAUGUAUUAUUAGUUUUUAUCCAUGGUUUGAAACAUUCUAUAAAAUUUUAAAUGAUUUAUCUCAUAUAAUUAAUUCAAAAUCAACUGCCGAUAUGGAACAAUUGUUAUCAUCAUUAUAUAAUUAUAAAUUAAUGUCAAUUGAAGAGUUUUAUAAAAAUGAAGGAAAAGAAUUGAUUGAAAUAAAUACUCUUUCGAAAAAUUAUACAUAUACUCGUCCUGAUCCGCGAAAACUUCCGUCAAUAUUAACUAGUCGUAAUUUUACUGUUAUGGUUUCACGAUUGGGUCCAGACAUAAUGUUACGUCUUUUUUCACAUUUACUUUUUGAACGACGUAUUCUAUUUGUUUCAUCGAAACUUUUUCAUUUAACUGCAUGUGCAUAUGGAUGUUCACAUUUAAUUUAUCCAAUGCACUGGCAAAGUAUAUUUUUACCAAUACUUCCUUCAUCAAUGACAUGGACUACACAAUGUACUGCACCAUAUAUAAUUGGAAUGCAUUCAAGUUUAUUUUCGACAUUAAAUAUGGAUGAAUUAGGUGAUGUUGUAAUUGUUAAAAUUGAUGAACGAAAAAUUGAAUCACAAUAUGAUGAUCUUAAUUUAUUUCCUAAAUAUUUAAUUCGAAGUAUGAAAAAAGGUUUACAACAAUCAUCACAAUUAGCUGGAGAUCAUUUAGCAAGAGUUUUUCUUCGAGCUAUGGCAUUUUCUAUUGGUAAUUAUGCAAAUGGUUUUGUAAUUAAAAAUGAUAAAUUAGAUUUUGAUCGAGAUCGUUAUCUUGAACCAUAUCUUGGAUCUCAUAUACAUUCAUUUAUGUCUGCUGUUGCUCAUACACAAAUGUUUGAACAAUUUUCACGAUAUCGAACUUAUGCACAACUUCAACGUGAAAUUGAUGUUGAUGAAUUUGAUCUUGAAGUUGAUAAUUUACAAAAACUUCAACAAUCAAAAAAAGCAACAAAUCCAUUAAUUGAACAAGUACAAAAUAAAACUGAAAAACUUCAUACAGCUCUUAAUAAAGCUGGACAACGUGUUGCUAGUGAAGCAUCAUCAGUAAGAAAUAAUUUAACAUCAUUCGAUAUUAAUGAUGUUAUUAAACGAGUACAUACUUCUAAAAUUCCUGAUGGUAUUACAUUAAAUCAUGCUCGUGAAAUAAAAUCAAUUCAUCAAUCAAGUUCACCUGAUUUACUCAAUGAAAACUCUAUUCCUUAUGCACAAAUACGUUCAAAAGAAGAUAUUUUCUCUUCUGAUCCACAAUUAAUUCAUGAUGAUCAAAUAUUAUCAUCAUCAUCAGAUUCAUCACCUUCAUCAACACCUGAACUUGAACGACAUAGAAGUAAUCCAUUAAUAAAUUUGGAGAUUGAUGAUGAUAAUCAAUUAUUACCAUCUCCUAUUGUUCUAAAUGUAAUUCAUACACCAGUAACACCACCAAUUCAACGUCAAACUCCUCAAAUUGAUUCAAAAAUUAAACAAUUACAAAAUGAACUUCAAUAUAAAGUACAAACAUUUGAUAGUAAACGUAUUGAUCCACGAAAUGAAUAUGGUCAACAACAAAGAGAAAUAAAAAAACUUGUUGAACAAUUUGAUCCACUUGAUGAUUCAAAUUAUUCAAAUAAACCAAAAAGAAAUUCUAAUGAAUAUUUUCCUUCAAUGCCAGUUAUAUUUCGUUCGGAUGAUAAAAUAUCAUCACAUAUAUCUGAUCGUCAUCCAUCUGUUUAUGAAACGAUACCAACAAAUUAUGUUAAUAAUGUUUUACAUAAUAUACAAACAACAUAUGGUACAACAAGUCGAAUAAAUUUACGAUCAACUUAUUCAAUGCAAACAAAAUCACAAGAAAAUAAUUUAAAUCAUUUUUCUCCAGCAUUAACUGCACCUGCAAAUUUAUUUCCAACAAAAACUUAUACAAAUAUUACAGAUGAUCCAUCAUCAAGUUUUGAUCCAUUAGCACCAUCAAAAGAGAAAACUUUAUAUUCAAAUAUUCAAUCAUCAUCAUCAUCGUCAGAGAUGAAUGGAUCGAAUUUAAUUGAUUUUAAUUGA